UCUGUUUCCAAACAAGUUUACCUUCCACCUCCUUCUUACUGCAAUACUGAUCUAUCAGAGCCUUCCUAAUAUAUAGUUUUCUUGCUUCUUGUGAAGGGCAUUGUACAUAUUAGCUAACCAUGUCUAGGCCAAGGGGUAGAGCUGAGGAGCCUAGUAGCAGCAAUUAUCGCCAUGCAUGCGCGAAGUGCAGGCACCAAAGGAAGAAGUGCGACAACACCUGUCUUAUGGCGCCGUACUUCCCAGUGCAUAUGGCCGAGAUUUUCCAAACGGUUCACAGAUUUUUUGGUGUCAGGAACGUGUCGAAGAUUCUCAUGAAUCUUGAUGUGCAGCACAGGGAACUGGCUACUGAGUCCAUCAAAUGGGAAGCCUCGAUAUGGAGGCAGAACCCUGUUCAUAGACCUUUGGGGAAAUACCGACAACUAGAGCAAGAACUUCAGUUGCUCAGGAAGCAACUGAUCACCCAAGAAAAGAUUUUGAACCAAUGGAGUAUUUAUAGUAGCAACCAAAGUAAAGUUGGAAUGAUGUUACCCAGUUUUGAGGGUGGUUUAAAUUCUGGUUUAACAUGUUCUUUACAAGGGGAACAAGAUAUUGAAAGCCAAGUAGUAUCUUGCACUGGAAUUCCUUAUAAAGGAAUUCCUUACAAUACUGAAGGUGGCCUUAUUCCAUUCCUAACAGUCCCAGUGCCAUCUUGUCAGCCAUUGCCACUGUCACGAAGCCAUGGUGAAAUUGAAUUUUGUAAUGAAAAGCUUCUACAGGGACAAGAUAGAGCAAGACAAUUAGGAAGAUGUGAAGCAGUAUGUCAGGAUCAUAUGAUUAUAGGAAACAAAGGAAAUAAUGGAAUAGGUUGUCUUGAAACUCUAUUCACUCAAGGGGUAGGUAACUUUGGAAUGGCUCAGCAGCCUCAGCCUGCUGUUGGCCCCUGCAGCAUGGGACAAGGGUAA